AUGGAGGAGCUCGCCCGGGCGUCUGAAGAGGCCGCGGUGGUCGUGUGGGUCCGGGCCCUCGCCCUGCGGGGUGUGGCGCCGCCUCGGGGCGCGCAGUGCCGCCGGCGGCGAGGCCUCGGCCGCCCUCCUGGGCUGGAGUCGGUUCCCCCCGGGGAGGCUCCGCGAGGUGCUGGUCUUGGAGGGGGUGGCCCUCGGGCCUCAGGCAUCCUGGGCUCCGACGUGGAAGCCCAGAGCCCUCUCUGCUCCAAGCUAAUGGGCAGCUACUCGCCCGCCGGGCCCGGUGGGAGGGCCAGUGAGGCCGAGCCGGGCUGGGGACACCCGAGCUGGCGGCUGCCCACGGACAUGGCUGGCCUGGCCCUGGCACUCAGCCGGGGACGCAGUGGGGCACAAGGCCGGAUCCCCCGAGGCUUACGGUCGUUCCCACAGCCGUCCCCCCGGGGCCCUCUCCACGGAGCGUCGCCCGGGCCCCACUGGUCGCUAGGCUGCAGGCUGGGGCUCAGGCCCGGCCUGGCUCUCGAAGCGGCGGUGGAGGCGGCAGCCAAGCGGAUGGCGGCGGAGCCCCGGCGCCCAUGGGUCCAGGCGCGCAGCGCUUACGGCGCCAGCGAGGCGCUACGGCGCGCGGUGGGCCGCCGGCGGGACCCUGGGCCGCAGCCCAAUGGGCCGGGCCCCGAGGGAGCCCGCGGCCCGGGCCGCCUGGCUCGCUUGCGGGGCCAGCUCCGGGCUGAGGCGGCGGCGCGGGCCGAGGCGCCCCGACUGCUGCGGCUGGUGGAGCGCGCGGGGGCCGCGGCGGGGGCGGCGGAGACCGGGGAGCAGGCGGAGGAGCGCAGCCGCGGCUCCGUGUGCUCCGUGUGCGGCGAGCCGCGCGGCGGGGCCACCUACCCGGCGGGCGUCCUGGAGGUGAGCGAGCGGCGGCUGCAGGAGGGCCUGGCGGCCGUACGCGCCGACCUGGGCGCGGGGCUGGAGGCGCUGCGCGCGGAGCUGCGGGCCGAGCUGGACGCCCUGCGCGCGCUGCUGCCGCCUCCGCCGGCCGCCCGCCGCGAGCCCCGCGUCCCUCGAGGCCCGGCCCUGCUGCGGGCACUGGGCACCAUGAACGCACUGGCCGCAGGCGCGAGGCCCACCGACGACGCCUCAGACGGCCCGGCCGACGGCGGCGCGAACCGGGCCCCGGCCAGGAAGAACCUCAAGAAGACCCCGGUGCCGCCCGGGGCCCCGCAGGGCGGCGGGGAUUAA